AUGGCAGACUCUCAAGCAAUCCUUGAUCGUGCCGUAGCAGGAAGAAAUAUAGUUAGGCUUAAAAAGAUCUGCAUUGAUGAAGGGCUUAAAACAAAUGAAAACCGCCAAAAAGUUUGGCCUCUUCUUUUAAAGAUAUAUGAUUCAACAAAUUUCAUGUCAAAUUGGAGCACAGGAGAAAUAAAAUGUAAAGACUCAGAUAUAAUAGGUCUCGAUGUAAAUCGAUCUUUAUUUGGGCUAGAUCUGACCGAUGCUUAUACUGAAGAAGAAAGAAUCGCUAAGAGAGUUGACCUGUCCAAUAUAAUUAACGCAGUCUUUAAGUUCAAGCCAGAAUUUCACUAUUCUCAAGGCUUUCAUUCUUUGUGCACUACCUUUUUGCUAGUGGGUGAUCAGGAUUUAGGCUUUAAAAUGAGCUAUCAAUGUGCCCAGCUCUUCGUCAGAGACUCCUUGAGGAAAAGUUUUGACGAGGCUCUAGUGCCUUCACUGAUGCUUUUCUAUACCCUCCUUAGGAAAUUAGAUAAAGAGUUAGCGGAUAAAAUAGAAGGAUACUACAGGUUUGAAGAUGAGUUAAGUGUCCCUAUGUUCUGUCUGUCUUGGGUUAUAGCGUGACUUGGACAUGAUAUCAAAGAAUAUAGUAAGGUCUGCAGAGUCUAUGAUUUUUUCUUAAGCACCCAUUCAUUGGCACCUUUAUAUUUUGCAGUAAAUAUUGUUUUAUCGCAGAAGGAGAUUGUUAUGGAAACUAAUGAAAUACAUGAACUCCACCACCGCUGUGAAGAAAUUGUCGAUAGCUUAGAUAUAGACAAAAUUUGUACUCAAAGCUACAAUUUAAUGAAAAAAUAUCCACCAAGAGAGCUGAUUAAGGAAGGCACAAAACCGAUUCCAAAAGAGUAAAUCUUAUUUAGUUCUCCAGCUGUGCUUUAUAACAAUGAAAUCGAAGAAGUUUUCAGGCACGAUAAAGCUGAUGAAGUAAAAACAAUUGGCCUUGGACUAGUUUUAGCUGCAUUUAGUACUCUAGCAAUAAUUUAUUCAGACUAA